UGACACUCGUCAAUACUGUACAUACUUUGUAAACACAAAGAGACGUGGAUUCUGCCCACUGCAAAACGUGAUCUGUUCCCGAUUGGGUCUAGGGCGGUCGUGGGAAAAGCAGCCCCGAGUAUCCCAUCCAAAACGAUCAUGUAAUCUUCAAUUGUGUCGACUCGACCUCCGUAGACCAAUUCCACCUUGCCACCGUCGUUGUUCAUACUCACACUUUGGAUAUCGAGUUCCGACAACCAUGUGCGGCUAUCGCUAAAGCCGUUUCCUCAACGCGUCGUGUGAACUCCAACGCCCAUGACGAUUUUCAUUCUCCCACCGGCUGCCAUUCCUUGACGCUCUUCCACACCCCCCACCGUCUUCCUCGAACCCCUACACAAAAAUGGCCACGCAAGGUGCUCCGGUCCUCGAUAGGUUCCUGUCGGGGAUCUCAGAGAUAAUUCGGAAUCGCGACGGCUCGAAGCUCCAAGACUUCCUACAGAUCGAGCCUCCGUUGUCCGACAUUUACCGACAGAUGGUCGAGGAGUUACGGCGACAAUAUCCCAAUGGAUCGAAAGAGGCUGAUCUCCUGCGCCGAUGCGAAGGGCUCGUGCCGCGCACCAAGAACGGCAGCUCAUGGACCGCAUUUCCGACCUUCAUGAAGCUAUAUUUCACCUUUCUCCGCGACGUGAAUGUCGACAACCUACUCGAAACCUACAACCUCCUGAAAGGGCUGGUGAACCAGUCUGUCCUUGCGCUCGGUGACAGUCAAUACGGUGUGAUCGUGCUGCCGACCGUCCUUUACCUUUCCAAAGUCCUCGCGAAGCUGGCCAUGGGCCUCGAUCGCCGCCCCGAAUUGAUCGCACAUUUACUGAGAAUGGAGGGUCGCUCUGAUCAAGACGAGAGCAUCGAGAAAGUGACAUUGGUCGAGAAGUCCGCCAAUGUCGUCCGGGAAGCAUUCAUCAAGUGUCUCACGGAUCGCAGCGGAACCCCGGGGGUCCAUGGCAAACCCGAAGGCAAGCGGGUAGGCAUCUAUCUCAUGGCCAACCUGUGCCUGAAAUUACUUUUCCAGUGUGGGAAACUUCGAAAUGCAGAACAGAUGUUUUCGAGUAUCAGCGCCCAGUCUCCGCCCCUCAAAUACUUCCCCGCCUCUCAAAGAGUGACCUACCUUUACUAUCUCGGACGAUAUCUAUUUUCCAACAAUCUCUUUUACCCCGCCCAGAUCGCCCUUCAAUCUGCCUACGACCAAUGCCAUCACCAGGCUCUCAGCCAAAAACGAGUCAUUCUGACAUACCUGAUACCGUGUAACAUGAUCAUGGGUCGUUUUCCUUCACUAGAGUUGCUACAACGGCCAGAGUCAGAAGGACUAGCCGACAAAUUCAUUCCCAUCUGCCGACUCAUCGUUCGCGGCGAUUACGUUGCCUUCCGGGAGCAUCUUGCGCUGGAUUCACCGGCCACUGAAUGGUUUGCACAGAAGGGCAUCCUACUUGCCCUGCGCAAUCGGUGCGAAAUCCUCGUAUGGCGGGCGCUUGCUCGAAAAGUGUUCAUCCACGGCGGCUUUCAUGGUGAACCCCAAGGCUCCGCCCAGCGCGGACCCCCUCCUUUCCUGUACCUCCACAAACUUGAAACCGCUGUGCGAUGGCUCCAAUCGCAACAUGCGCAGUCCUUGCAUGGCUCUCUCGGCUUCGCUCCGUCCGGCCAAAACCGCGACGCACAGGCCGGGCAUAACGAGUUCGGAUCGCAAUUGGUGUAUAAACUACCCGAUCACGAUUUCGCUGGGGUUAACGAGGUCGAUGGACCGGAGUCCAAGCCGGACCCAGACUUAUUAUCCAAAUUCGAAGACUUCCUUGUGCCAGACGGAUGUUUUGACGUCAUGGGACAAUGGCAGUCCAAUUCACCGGGAGUCUUGGUCGACGGACAGCCCGACGCCGACUACUCUCAGUAUGAACUAGAUCCAUACACCCACCGAGUCGAGCUAGACUCGGAAACUGACCAAGGCAAGCCAACGCCCAUGAUGCGAGAGCUUGAAUCCGUCCUAGCGUCUCUUCUCACCCAGGGCCUAAUGCGCGGCUACUUAACCCACAAGAAUCCUCGGUUCGCCAUUCCCGGUGCACGCCUGCGCGGCGCCUUGCCGACCGGGUUUCCAAAUGUCUGGCAGACUAUCUCCGCUCGCGAAUCGGAGGAUGACCGGGUCCCUGGUUGGGUCCAACCUCCGCCACCCAUGGCGGGUAGUGGUCUGGCAGCGGCCGGCGGAGGUCGCGUAGUGAACCUGUCGGGAGCACGGCCAGUGGGCGUGCAGUAAUUUGGGAAAUCCAUCCGGAGCCUCGCGCGACUAGCCUCCGUGACUGUUUUGGUGAAUAGCACGAUGUGAAAUAUUAUGAUACCAUUGAUGUUCUUACAAUUCCUGUCCUGGCUUUGAUA